AAAAAACAAAAGAAUAAUAAUCAUAUCAGUUUGUUUUAGUGUAUGUACACCAAUAAAAAUUAAAGAUGGGAACAUUUGGUGGACAUGUAUUGCCUGGAAGCUUUUUUAUCAUCUAUGGUUUAUGGUCUAUUUGGCAUAUUUUAGUAAAAUUUUAUCGACGUAAAAUUUAUGAAUUAAAUCCAACUAGUUAUGAACUAGUAGUACCUGAAUAUCAAUGUAGAAUAUCGAAUCCAAUGGAAAAGAAAACAUUAUGUUGUUAUUGUUCCAGCUCUGGUUCAAUUCCAUUAGAUUCUUCAGUUAAAUUAAUUUGUUGUAUAAUUGGAAUAAUAGGUGAAGUGAUCACAGGAUUUAAUAAUGAAUGGAUAUUUGUACAUAUUGGUAAUGCACAACAUUCUACAAUGUUCUCAUUGUUUGGUCUAAGUGGAAUAAUUGAAUUAUGCAUAUUUUAUGAGAUUUUAAAAAUUCCAAUUCAAUGUGAAUAUCUUUUUCAUGGAAUCGCAUUAUUGGGUGAAUUAUUUUUAUUUGUAUUUCAUUUACAUCAUCGUAGUGUACUGGAUGUUUAUCUACAUUUAUUAUUGACCAGUAUGAUUAUAUUAGGCAUUCUAGUGUCAAUGAUUGAAUUAUUGAAAUCAAAUGAACCAAUCUAUGGUUUAUUACGUAGUUGGACAUAUCUUAUGCAAGGUACAUGGUUUUGUCAAGUUGGAGCUAUUCUCUAUCCUAAAACAUCAUGGAUGCCAAUUUGGGAUCAACAAGCUAAUCAAAGUAGAUCAGCAGCUGCAAAUUUAUUCUGUUAUCAUAUGUUAGGCAAUUUCAUUGUAAUCCUAUUGAUUAUGACAAUAUUAUUUAGGCAUUAUACAAAAAUUGGUUUGAUCAAUAAUGUUGAUGAAAAAACAUUGAGAAUCACUUUAUCCCGUAGUAAAUAUCAUGAACAUCAAUUAAAACAACCAUUACAAAAUUCACAAUCAUUAUUAGAAAAACAACAACAAACUUUCAUCAUUGACAAUCAUUCCGAACAAAUAGAAUUAUGCAAUUCAAAUUAUUCAAAUACCAUAGAGACUAAUGAAAUUGACCAAAAUGAACAAGAUCAAUGAAUUUAAUCAAUAAAAAACCGGAAAACAGAAAAAAAAGGUAGUUCAUGUAUUUGUCAAUGUUGACAAGUUAUAUCGGGAUGAGAGUUAAUAAAAAAAAUGAACAGUUUGGAAUUGCGUUUUUUUUUUGAUUACAUAAACAUUAUUGAGUGAUAUUUUAUGAUUUUAAAAAAACUUUAUUCACCUUUCGACCUUUAUUUAAACAUGUGAAUAAUCCCCUUUUUUUAUCAUAAGGUUUCAAUGUCUAGAAGGUGAGAAAAUUAUUUCAUUGAUGAACUGUAUGAAUUUUUAAGCACUACAUUUAGUAUGUAGUAAUAAUAAUCUUUGUAAUUAAAAUAUUCAGAUGAAUAAAUUAAUUCAUUAG